AUGGACAUAUGUUUAGAAGAUGUGUUAAGAAAUGGAGAAUGCGAUAAUUUAGAGAAAAUAUUAAUGCAAUUUUUUUCUGAUAAUAUUCCAUUAAGCUUUGAAAUAAUAGAACUGAAAAAAAAGAAGAAAUAUUUUGAAGCAUUGACACAACUGAAAAACAAUAAGUAUACAUUAAUUAAUGAGUGUUUUUUUAUUUUAUCUAAUAUUAUUUCUUCCAUUUUAAAAGGAUACUUGAAAAUAGAAAAUAUUAAUAAGAAUAAAAGAUACUAUCUAAUUUAUAUAUGGUUUGUUCCAUUAUGUGAAAGAAAAGAGAAAAAAAGAUAUAACAUCAAUUUUUUGAUAAAUAAUAAUAUCAAUACUAUACAAAAAAAAAGAAAUAAAAAUAAAAAAAGUUUUUUUUCUGGCAUAUAUUUUAGUGAAUGGAUUAUAAUAGUGCUUAACAGAGUUUUUCGUUCCUUAAUUUUACAAAAUGUUAACAUUCCUUUAGAGAAUUGGUCUUUUAUAAUUGAUUUAAUGAAGUUUAUAUACAUAGAUCAAAGUAUUAUAAUAAAGUAUUUACAAAAUAUAAACAUAUUACACGAUUUUAAUUAUUUAGAAAACACUUCUAGAAAUAAAAAGGAUACAUUUCAAAAUAAAAUUUUUAAUUAUAGCAAUUUCAACAAAGCUUUAGAAAAUUAUUAUGAAGACAUUAAUAAAAUAACAAAAGCUUAUUUUUCUUUUCCUUUUUUAUUAUUUAAAUGCAUAACAAAAGGAUUAAAAAGUAAUGAUGAAAAAAGAAAUUUAUAUAUUUAUAAUCAUGUUAUUCCUCAAGAACUCAAUGAAAAAGGUUUUUAUAAAAAUAUAGUUCAAUUAUGUGCUUUUAGUUGGCUUUCCUCAAGAGAAUUUAAUAUAAAUUAUGAAAAAGUUAUUAAUUUAACUAAAAAAAUUAUAAAUUUGAAUAUGUGUAAUUCAUUUUGCUCUACCCUAUUAUAUAUAUUUCUACAAUAUGAAGUAAGUUUUAUGGAAAAGAGUACAUGCUAUGAUAAAGAGAAAAAAGAAAUAAAUAAAGACAACGAAAUAAGUAAGGAUAAUAAUAAAAAUAAAAAGAAUAUAGUAUAUUCAAAAGAUGAAAUGAAAUUAAAUUUACUAAUUAAUUUAAAUUUUAUUAUGGAAAAUAUAUUCUAUUAUCUACAUUUACAUUGCACCCAAAAUGAAGAUAAAAUAUUUUUAUCAUGUGUGAUGAAAAAAUUAUUACCAUUUAUUAAUAUUAUUGAAAACAAUAAUAUGUUAUAUAUAUGCUUAUUUAAUAAAAAUGUCAAUGUCAUUUUAAAUAUAAUUAUUAAUAUCGUUCUUCUAUAUGAAUGGAAUUCAUAUUUUUUGGAAACUUUUUUUAAUCCAUUUUCAAAGAAUUGCUUACCUGUAUGCUAUGUUAUCGCUAUCAUUGACGUAAUAAAUAAUUUAAUUAGCCGUAAAUCAAUUUUAUUUAUAUCAAUUUUUAAAAAAAAUUAUAAGAAAAAAAAGAUAAUUCAUUCAGCUUCAAUUAAAAAUGAAAAGAGAAGUUAUUUUGAAAUAACUAAUGAAUUAGAAAACGAGUUUUUAAAUGAAAAUGAGAAUGAUAUGGAUGAAUAUAGCAUAGAAAUAUUAUCAGCAAAGUUUUUAAAAGAAAUAUUUUUCUAUAUUUUAAAUAUUUUCUCUGAUGAUGAACAAGAAGAAACAGAAAAAGUUUUUAUUUCUAUUGUUUUAAGUAAAUUAUUAUAUACAUUUGGUAAACAUAUUAAAAAUAUAAAUAAAAAAAUUGCAAAAAAUUUAUAUAAUUUUGAAAUGUUAUCAAAGGAGGAACUUUUUAUAUACAACAUAAAUAUAUAUAACAUAAACAUAUUUGAAAAUAUUUCUAAUAGAAUACAGAAUUUAUUUAAAUGUAGUGACGAAGUAUCUUUACACUGUGGACAAAUAUUGGCAGAAUAUUUUAGUUACUAUGUUAAUAAUCAAUCAUUUAAAGAAAAAAAAAAAAAAAAAUCUAUACAUAAGAAAAAUGAGUCUGAGAAUAGUGAUGAAUGCAAUAAAUUAAUUUUUCCAAAUUUACAUCAUCCAAUAGAUUACUUACCAAAACAAAUUUUGUCUUUUAAAGUAAUUAAACAAAAAAAAUUUAUGUACUUAGAUGAUUUGAUUUUAAUAAAAAAUAUAAAAAAAAAAUUUAAAAUAAAAGAAUAUUCUCUUAAAAAAAUAAAAUCAAUGCUAAAUAUUGAUAAUAAUAAAGAAAAAUCAGAUAACAAUAAACUAGAUAAACAAGAAGAACAAUUUACACAACAUUUAAUAAAUAUAUACAAAGAAGAGAAAAAAGAAACAACCAAAAGUCAGAAAAUUAAAUGUGAAUAUAAAAAAGGAGAUGAUGGUUUAGACAAGAAAAAUGUUAAUGAAAAUGAUGAAAUGAAUGAUGAAGUAAAUGAUGAUGAACAUGAUGAAGUGGAUGAUGAAGUAAAUGAUGAUGAACAUGAUGAAAUGAGUGAUGAAGUGAAUGAUGAUGAAAAUGAUGAAAUGAAUGAUGAAGUAAAUGAUGAUGAAGUGAAUGAUGAAGUAAAUGAUGAUAGAUAUGAAGAUGAAAUAGGGGCUGAAGAAAGCAUAUUUAGUAAAAAUCAAUUUGAAAAACGUGAAUUUGAAGGUGAAUUUAAAAAACAAAAAGAUAAAGAAAAAGAAGAUAAAAAUGAAAUUAAUAAUGAGGAUGUAAGUAAUAUUAUUUUAAAUAAAUGUAAUAUAUAUAAGAAAAAGAAAAUAAUAAAGAAUAAUUUAAUGGUACAAAACGCUAGUAAUAUAAUAGAAAAUGAUUUAUAUGAUCUUGAAGAAAAAGAAUUUUUAGUAAAAUUAGAAAGAGAAAAUGAAUUUUAUUUAGACAUUGAUAUCAAUAAAUAUAUGUAUAUAGACCCAUCGGAAGAUUUAUUUGAAUGUUUAAAUAGAUUAAAGGAAAGAGCAAAUUACAUUGAAAAAAAUGAUGAAGAUACUAAUAAUGAUGUUUUAAAAUUAAAUGAAAAAAAAGAAAAUUACGAAGAGGAAACUUUUCGAAUAUGCCAGACUGUAAUUUUCUUACCACGUUUAAUUAAGAAAUGUGACAUAUUAUCUUAUAUUGGUUCAAAUAUAUAUGAAGUUCUAUUAUCAUUAAACAAUUUAUCUAUUAUAAAUAAAGGAAAGGAUUAUUUCUUAACCUAUAAAUUAUUUAAUAUGGUUUUAUUGUGUAUUAAUUCACCUGAUAAUAUAAGUAAAUUUGUUUUUAAUAAUAUUUACUCUAAUUUUUAUUCCAAUAUUCAAAAAAUGUUUAUGUUGUUAUCACUUCAAUUUACAGCUUUAUAUUUAUCAAACAACAUUAAGCUUAAUGAAAUAUUCGAGCAUAUAAAAAAUCUUAUGAAAGAUAUGAAUUUUUCAAAAAGAAUAAUGAAAAACAAACAUUUUUUAAAUGAAGAACGUGAUUUAACACAUUUUUCGGAAAAUUUUUAUAAUGAAUUUGAAAACUUUUUCAAUGGAAAUUGCUCUUAUAAGAACGUAGAUAAAAUAAUAAUAAAAAACAAUCAUUAUGAAAAUAAAAAUAAAAGUUUAACUAACAGUAAAUAUCAAUUGAAUAAUAAAAUACAAUCAAAUGAUAAUAAUAUAAUUUAUGAUGUAGAAGAACAAAAUGAUUCCAUUAUAUCUGAAAAAGAUAUAUCAGAUGAUUUACUAAGAGAUGAAAGUUCAUUAGAAAAGUAUGAAGAAAAAAAAAUUGCCACAAAAAAACACAAUGAAAAUACUAAAACAUUGCACGAUAAGAACAUCAAUAAAAAAAAAAAGAUAAACAAUUUUUUAAAAGUAUGCGAUUUCUUUUUUAGUAGUAUAUAUACAAAAUUAUUUUGUCUUAGCACAAAAAAAGAAAUGAUAAACUUAGAUUAUGAUGAAUAUAAAAUAAAAAAGUUUUACUCAUCUGAUUCUUCUUUAAUAUUAUAUUUAAUUUCUUCGUAUACUUUAUUUUUUAAUUGUUCAAGUAAUUCAUAUUUAUACAUAGAUGAUGUCAUAGUUGAUGGAUUUACUAUAGGCAACUUUUUUAUUCAAAACAAAAAUUUCCUUGUGAGAAGAGUAGCUUUCAAAUUAUUAUUUCAUAUGAUUCAUUUUAUAUUUAGAAAAAAAAAGUUUUAUAUUUUAGAAAAUGAAAAUUACGCUAAUGUAAUUAAUUAUAUAUCAAAAAAAAUAGAUAUAGAAAAAGAUCUUUUAUCUUUGCAGUAUAUGAGAGAACUGCUGCAUUAUCAUAAAAUCAUAAAUUAA